AUUUUAAAACCUCGAAUUCUUGAAGUAAAUUUACAGUUUUUCAGGAGUGAAAGAAUUGGUUACCGCGUAAUAUUUUUUUUAAAUCGCCAUCAAGUCGCGUCGUUUGUGCCACCAUUGACACAAUUGCGGGCAGUUCACUAGGUGGCGUUCCGUUAGCGUGUGCAAUCGCAGAUCGCACAUCGCACAUCGCAGUCGUUCCGUAGGCGUCAUCAUGGUGUAGCGUAGGUUGUAACGUUUUCGAGAGAGAGCGAAGGAGUUUGUUUUGAAUCGAUAACGGUACGCGGGUGCAUCGAUUUUCGGUGGUGUUAUGGUGACUCGCCCAGCUACCAGGCUUGCCGAAUUUGUCGUACGGUACAACGGCGAUAAUGAUGAUGCGGCACGAUAGCGGUGAACAGCGUUGUCUAAGUACGGCCGUCUAGGCACCCGAACGGCAGACUGGUAAACGGUGGUGUGUGCGUGCGCGCGCGCGCGUGUACGGCGUGUGCGUGUGCGUUGUGUGUAUUGUGCGCGAUGUGGUGCCCGGGAAGGUAUCAAUGCCGACGACUGGGAGAGCAGAGAUGGAACACCGCGUUCCUCCUGGUGCUCGCGUGCUCGCUCCUCACGCUGUCGAGCGUGUCGCCGACCUACGUAGAGUCGAGCGACAACGCGGACCGCUGCCCGGUCGAGUGUUCCUGCCUCGGCAAUCUGGUCGCCUGCAGCGAACUGCAGCUGAUCGAGGCGCCCAGCGGACUGCCACCGUGGACAGAGAUCUUAGAAUUAAAGGAUAACAAUAUUGCUAACUUGGAAUUCGAUUCACUGCUUCAUUUAACAAAACUAAAAAAAUUAGAUGUAAGUGCUAAUAAACUUGGAGAUAAUUUUACUAUUGCCUUGUCAGACGUUGCACAAUUACGUGAACUUAAAGUGAAUAAAAAUCACUUGACACAAGUGCCAGACCUUGUAUUUGUUAGGAAUAUUACUCAUCUUACGCUAUCCCACAAUUUAAUUACUAGUAUAAAUGGGACUGCAUUGUUUAGUUUACAACAACUUCAAUACCUGGAUCUCAGUGGAAAUAAAAUAAGUGUCCUUCAAAGGGGUUCCUUCUUCGGUCCUAAUCGACUUACACAUUUGAAUCUAAAUGCGAAUCAUAUAAAAAGCAUUGAAAAUGGAAGUUUGGAUAAUCUGACUCUGCUGGAGGAACUUCGUUUAAACAAAAACAAUUUGACACAGCUGAAAGAUCUUUUCAUGAAUUUGGGAAAAUUGCGAAUAUUAGAGGUGAAUAGAAAUAAUAUACAACAAAUACAUGGAUUAAGCCUAAAAAGUUUGAAAAGUUUAAAAGAAUUAUAUCUAAAACGAAAUAGAAUAGAUACAUUAGACGAUGGAGCUUUCUGGCCACUUAAAAAUUUAGAAAUACUACAACUCGACUUUAAUAUGUUAACUACUAUAAGAAAAGGAGGCUUGUUCGGAUUGGAACAUUUGCAGAAACUGACUUUGUCACACAAUCGAAUCUCGAGAAUCGAACCUCAGGCAUGGGAUAUAUGCAGGGAGAUAGUAGAGCUAGACUUGUCACAUAACGAACUGAUUUCUAUAAACCAGAGUUCAUUUGAAUAUCUUACAAAGCUGGAGAAAUUGAAGCUGGAUCAUAAUCAAAUCGCAUAUGUCUCUGAUGGAGCAUUCAAUUUUACAACUAACCUUCGUAUCCUGGAACUCAAUUCGAAUAAGAUAUCCUAUAUGGUAGAAGAUAUUAGUGGCGCAUUCUCUCCACUCGGUCAGUUGUGGAAACUGGGCUUAGCGCACAAUAGAAUAAAAUCUAUAAAUCAAAACGCUUUUACUGGCCUGAGUCACGUUGUCGAACUCGACUUAGUUGGGAAUAAUAUUACAUCCAUUCAAGAAAAUGCGUUCCUUUCAAUGUCUAGUCUAAGCAAACUUAAGAUGAACACCGGAGCCUUGGUUUGCGAUUGUGGACUUCAAUGGCUAAGUAUGUGGUUGCGAGAACAUCCCUAUAGCGAAGCUGAAUUGCACUGCGGCUAUCCGCAUUGGUUGCAGGGCAUGUCAUUGAAUCAAUUACAUCAUGCAAACUUUACUUGUGACGAGUAUCCGAAACCACGGAUCAUUGAAGAACCUGCAGCCCAAAUGAGCAUCAAAGGUGAUAACGUGAAAUUAGUUUGUCGUGCAACUAGCACCGCUAAUGCACCACUCCAUUUUACCUGGAAGCAUGACAAUGUGGAGUUGGACGACGCGAAUAUGCAGACUAGUCUUAAUUCUUCCGAGAGCGGAGUAACUGAAGCGACAUCCAUUUUAUAUCUUACUAACGUUACUCACGCUAAUGCGGGAAAAUAUCAGUGUAUGGUAACAAAUACCUAUGGAACUACGUACUCUGCCAAAGCCAGACUAAGCGUGUUAGUUUACCCGUCGUUCUCCAAAAUACCGCAUGAUAUAAGAGUUAAUGCCGGAAGUACUGCCCGUUUGGAAUGCUCUGCUGAGGGACAGCCAUCCCCGCAGAUAGCUUGGCAGAAGGAUGGCGGGAACGAUUUUCCAGCUGCGAGAGAAAGACGAAUGCAUAUGAUGCCGACGGACGACGUGCUUUUCAUAAUAAACGUGAAAAUGGCCGACAGCGGAGUUUACUCGUGUACAGCGCAAAAUCUGGCCGGUCUUAUCGUUGCAAAUGCUACCCUUACUAUACUAGAAAUACCAUCCUUCGUAAAACCGAUGGAGAACAAAGAAAUAAUGAUAGGCGGUUCGAUUGUGCUCGAAUGCAUGGCCAGCGGCUCGCCACGUCCGAAAUUAUCGUGGCGGAAGAAUGGUAGUCCGCUGCAAGCAACGGAGCGUCAUUUCUUUACUGCGGAGGAUCAACUUUUGAUCAUCGUCAACACGAUCGCCAGUGAUGAGGGCAGUUACGAAUGCGAGAUGAGUAAUUCACUGGGCAGUGUCGUCGGCGCAUCACAUCUUACAGUCAAACCGGUUCCCGUUUCCACAUUGAACGAAUCCGAAAUACUGGGGCUGAUAGUAAUAACUGUAGUGUGUUGCGCCGUCAUUACUUCCGUGGUUUGGGUACUCGUGAUUUACAAAACCAGACGCCAAUUGAAUCCCACGCAGGACACCGCCGCGCAACCGACAACGACCGUUAUAUUGACUGUGCCAGAGGUACAAACGCAGUUGUAUUUGGACACGAGCUCGCAGCACAGCAAAGACAGUGGGACUGGAGACAGCACUAAUCCCAGUAAUGAUCAGCUACAAUUGUGCUUACCUGAAGAAGUCGUAACGAGUUCUGUCAAUAAUGAGGAAGAAAUGGGAACUAUAAACGUCAACGAUCCUCUCUUGCGUUACACGAAUCAUGAGCGACAUGAAAAUGCCGAUAGCGCGGUCUGAAAGGAAAACGAGUCAAAGUGUGAGUAAACGGAGUUAACGCGUGUAGCGUUUGUGAGUAUUCGUGAAUGCGGCUAAUCUUUAAAUCAAGAUAUAAAUAUUCUGCACGUCGUUUACAUUAACAAGCCGUAGUAUUAUGAGCAAGGGCUUAACGGUCCCACUGCCUAAGAAGUGACCUAUAGUGGACGUUGAUCCAUGCAACAGUCCAAUACACAACGAAGUAUUUGUUACUGCUGCGUAUGAGAAUGGAUCAGCGAGUCACGGCAUAAGUACAAUAUAAGAAACGAUAGCGAAAACACCUACAUCGUCAUCGUAUUUAUUAUCGACAUGACUCUCGUUCAGUUGAACGUAGGAACAUCGGGCGAUAUAAAAUGUAAAUAAUUAGACUAAGAUCCUAUUAUAACAUUAGUAUUAUUGUAGCGCGUGUCGCUCAGUCUCUGGGAAAUACAACGCUCGUACAUUUCUCUUUUUUUUUUUUUUUGAGAGUUUAUCUGAAUUAUAAAAUGUAUAAAUUAAAAUUUUGAUUAAAUUCUGUUCAAUUAAUUUGUGAUAUGUAGUACUUGUUAAACGUAUAAAAAAAUGUUUAUUUGCAAAUUAUGUUGUUAAAUACAUUCACUGAUAGAUGUUCACAUAGCUUGUAUUUAGUAAAUAUUUGCUAGUUUGUAUAAGCGUUGUACCUUUCCUGAACAUAGCCAUUGUAAUGCGUGCAAGAACAUUGCUAUAUAAACUAUAAAAGCCACGUAUAUUAGACCAGCCUUUGUGAUAGAUAUUUAUUCUAGAGUUAUUUGCGUAGGCGGCUAUUUAUAAAUGUGCAGAGAAGGAAAUAUGAAACUGUCAUUUUAUUCUAGAAAAAAACGCAACUGUUAAUGGAUGGAUGUAUAUUUAAGCACCAAAGCGUUGAUUUUAGAUAUACUUUGUUUUCCCGCUUAUUUCAUAGUCACGCGUGACAUCGAAUCGCUAUAUAUAUUUUUGGUUAAUUUAAUUCGUGUACUGAUCAAAAUGUUGCUCACUACUAAUAGAUACAUUUGUGUUCCAGAGAGAUAUGUAGGAUCUUUAGCUUUCGUAGGCAUUUUCGUUAGUAUUAAUAUAAAUUAAGUUGAAACGCAUACAACAUGAGACUUUACAAAUAAUCUUCCAUGUAUUGUUAUUGUUGUUUUUCAGGAUUUGAGUAGUGUUUGUUGGAGAUCUCAAGGUUCUUCAAUACUGUAUAUUAUGAAAAGUAUAAAAAUUUAUGUUUUUUUUCCCCCUUAUAUAUUUGCAUCCUGCAGUAUGAUUGUAAAUUAUUUGAAAAUUACACCAAAGUCUCUAUUUUACAAUUUAAAAACAUCCUUUUGUUAAAUAACUUUUUUGCGUCUUAUUUUACUUUCUUACUCGACUAAAAUAUUGGAAUUUAUUGAUGCGUCGUUAUAAAAUAAAAUUAUACAUAAAUUUAAUAAUAUUAAUAGCUUUUACGUAAUAUGUUUUCAACAAUUUGUACUCAUAAAUAUGUUGACAAAUUCGAUAUUUAUAGUUUUAAUCUAUUAAUAACAAUAAUUUUUUUAAAGAUGCUCUUUAAAAAGGAAGAAAAGAAAAAA